UCCCAGAGCGCCUCGCUGCCGCGAGCCGGGCGGGCGGCGCGCGGUCGCGGAGUCGCUGUGGACUGGCUGCUGCGGCGCCGCGCGGGCGGGUGGAAUCGUGGCGGAAUCCCCCGCGCCAGGGCAGGGGCGAGAGAGCGCCAUGGCGGCUGCUGUGGCGGCGGCAUCCGGUGUCGGCGCCGCGGCGAGGUGAGGGGCCCGCCUCUUCAGGACCGAGGAAGCCACAGCCGCUCGCCUGCUUUACACGCGGGUCGCGGCUCCGGCAUGGCCGGGAUCAUUAAGAAGCAGAUCCUGAAACACCUGUCUCGGUUCACGAAGAAUCUUUCCCCAGACAAAAUCAACUUGAGCACCCUGAAAGGGGAGGGUCAGCUGACCAACCUGGAGCUAGAUGAAGAGGUUCUACAGAAUGUGCUGGAGCUGCCUACCUGGUUAGCCAUCACUCGAGUCUACUGCAACAGGGCCUCCAUCCGGAUUCAGUGGACAAAGUUGAAGACACACCCAAUUUGCUUGUGUCUCGAUAAGGUAGAGGUGGAGAUGAAGACUUGUGAGGAGCCUCGGCCUCCCAACGGACAGUCUCCCAUUGCUCUUGCUUCAGGACAGAGUGAGUAUGGCUUUGCGGAGAAGGUGGUGGAGGGGAUGUUUAUCAUCAUCAAUUCCAUCACCAUCAAGAUUCACGCCAAGGCCUUCCAUGCUUCUUUUCAACUGUGGCAGCUCCAAGGCUACAGUGUCAACCCCAACUGGCAGCAGAGUGAUCUUCAUCUGACGCGCAUCACUGAUCCCCGCCGAGGAGAGGUUUUAACAUUUAAGGAAAUAACUUGGCAGACACUUCGAAUUGAGGCAGACGCUACAGACAAUGGUGAUGACCCAGUCACUACCCCGCUGAGGCUUAUUACUAACCAAGGCAGGAUCCAAAUAGCCCUCAAGAGAAGAACCAAAGACUGCAAUGUGAUAGCCUCCAAGCUGAUGUUCCUGUUGGAUGACCUGCUCUGGGUGCUGACCGACUCACAGCUCAAAGCUAUGAUGAAGUACGCUGAGUCACUGAGUGAGGCCAUGGAGAAGUCAGCCCAGCAAAGAAAGAGCCUGGCUCCUGAACCUGUGCAGAUCACUCCACCUGCUCCCAGUGCCCAGCAGACUUGGGCUCAGGCAUUCAGUGGCAGCCAAGGCAACAGUAGUAACAGCAGCAGCCGCCUCAGCCAGUACUUUGAGAAAUUUGAUGUGAAAGAGUCCUCCUACCAUCUCCUUAUCUCCCGCCUGGACCUGCACAUUUGUGAUGACAGCCAGUCUGGAGAGCCAGGUAUCUCUGCAAACAGACUCAUGGGUGGUGCCAUGCAGCUUACCUUCCGCAAGAUGGCAUUUGACUACUAUCCCUUCCACUGGGCAGGUGAUAGCUGCAAACAUUGGGUGCGGCACUGUGAGGCCAUGGAGACCCGAGGCCAAUGGGCCCAGAAGCUGGUGAUGGAAUUUCAGAGUGAAAUGGACAAGUGGCAUGAAGAGACAGGUCUGAAGCCACCCUGGCAUCUGGGGGUGGAUGCUUCCUUCCGGAGGAAAGCAGAUUCUCUCUGUAGUCCUCGAAAGAACUCUGUGGAGAGAAGCCCCUCCCAGGGCCGACAGACUGCCUUUCGGCCUCCAGUAUGGAAUCGAUUACGCUCUAGCUGCAUGGUUGUACGAGUGGAUGACCUGGACAUCCACCAGGUUUCCACAGCUGGACAACCAAGCAAGAAGCCAUCUACACUCCUUUCCUGCAGCCGGAAGCUCCAUAACCUACCUGCUCAGGUUUCUGCCAUUCAUGUUGAGUUCACAGAGUAUUACUUUCCAGAUAAUCAGGAGCUUCCAGUUCCCUGUCCCAAUCUGUACAUUCAGUUGAAUGGCCUGACAUUUACUGUGGAUUCUGUCAGCUUGCUCUGGGGAAACCUCUUCUGCCUAGAUUUAUAUCGCAGCUUGGAGCAGUUCAAAGCUAUCUACAAGUUGGAAGAUUCAAGGCAGAAAGAUGAACACUUGGACAUGCGACUGGAUGCCUUCCGUUUGAAGGUGAGCUUCCCACUGCAGAAGAAAGAGCAGGCAGAGUUGCAUCGUCCCCAGGCCCUGGUCUUCUCUGCAUCAGAAAUGAUUGCCACCAAUACACGUCACGCCCCACAUUGUAGCUGUCCAGACCUCCAGAGUCUCUUCCGGGGUUUUGCUGCUGCUGAGUUCUUUCAUUCUAAUUAUGAUCACUUUCCCAAGGCUCCUGAUGGCUUUAGCCUUUUGCACAUGCUUUUUUUCCAUCAUGCUUUCCAGAUGGAUUCCCAUCCCCCUCAGCCUAGUAUCCUCCCUCCCCAGAGGCCAAAGGCUUCCCAGGAUCUGUGGUCCAUCCACUUCACUCAGAUCUCCUUGGACUUUGAAGGAACAGAGAAUUUCAAAGGUCAUACCUUGAAUUUUGUGGCCCCUUUCCCCUUGUCCAUUUGGGCCUGUCUGCCUCUCCGCUGGCAGCAAACCCAGGCACGGAAGCUCCUUUUGGCCUCAGAGGGGAAGCUAAAACCGUCAGCCAGCUUUGGCAGUCCUGUCCAGUCUGAGACCUUUGCCCCUGAUUCUGGGUCUCAUCAAAGGUCAAAGACUGAGCAUGAUUUGAAAAGCCUGUCAGGCCUUACGGAAGUCAUGGAGAUUGUGGGAAAAGGCAGUGGUGGUGUGGACAGCAAAGGGCCUCUGACAGAGCCAGAGGAUGUAGCAGAAGUUCACCUGCUUGUACACUCCCCUGUCCAUGUCCGUGUGAGGCUUGACCACUACCAGUACUUGGCCUUGCUCCGUCUGAAGGAGGUUCUGCAGAGGCUUCAGGAGCAGUUGACUAAAGAUACUGAGACCAUGACUGGGUCUCCCCUGCAGAACCAGACAGCUUGCAUUGGUGUCCUCUUUCCUAGUGCUGAGGUGGCUCUGCUCAUGCAUCCUGCCCCUGGGACUGCUGAUGCUGACUCUGCAGGUUCGGAUACCACCAGCCUAAUAGAUUCAGAGUUUUCUCCUUCAGAGGAUCGGGAGCUGAAGUCUGAUGCUUCUUCAGACCAGGGCCCAGCAAGCCCUGAGAAGGUGAUGGAGGACAGCAGCAUUGAAAAUCUCAAUGCGUGCCAGGAGAGGCUGCAUAACAAUGGAGAACUGCAGGACUCAGGUCCACUUGCCCAGCAGCCAGCAAGGAAGGGCCAUGAGGCAGUUGAGUCCCUACAGGCCAAGCGACUAAGCAGAGCCCAAGCCUCCAGCUCAACAACUGUGUUGAAAUCCCCAGCUGGCAAGGAUACUGCUGUGAAUGGACAGGGAGAGCCCAUCCCCUUGAGGAAUAUUGAGGGAGAAUUGUCGAGUGCUAUUCACAUGACCAAGGAUGCCACCAAGGAAGCUCUACAUGCCACCAUGGACCUCACCAAGGAAGCUGUAUCCCUGACUAAGGAUGCCUUCACUCUGGGCAGAGAUCGAAUGACCUCCACCAUGCACAAGAUGUUGUCCCUGCCGCCUGCCAAGGAACCCUUGGCUAAGACAGAUGAGGGGGUGGCAACCCCAGCGAGUGGAGGUGCUGCCCGACUCAGAUUUUUCUCCAUGAAGAGGACAGUAUCUCAGCAGUCAUUUGAUGGUGUUUCAGUGGAUAGCAGUGGCCCUGAAGACCGGAUUUCAGUGGACAGUGAUGGCAGUGAUGGCUUUGUGAUGCUCUUGGAGUCUGAGUCUGGUCCAGAAUCUGUUCCACCAGGAUCUCUGCCAAGUGUUCUGGAUGAUUCUGCUGUUGAAGGGAACCCUGUUGUGGAUAAUUGUGGACAGGGGUCCCCAGAGGCCAACAGUUCAGUUUCACCCAGUGGCAACCUUGUUCUUCACCCGGUCUCAGUUUUGGUCCUGAAGGUGAAUGAGGUGUCUUUUGGGAUUGAGGUUCAUGGUGAGGACCUGACUAUAGCCUUGCAAGCAGAGGAACUAACCCUGCAGCAGCUGGGCACUGUGGGACUCUGGCAGUUUCUGCAUGGACAAUGCCCAGGAACAAGCUUCCAGGAAUCCUCAAAUUUGAAGACUGGCCGUGUCAGGCCUGCCGUGGGCCUUCGCUUUGAGGUGGGGCCUGGUGCAGCUAUUCAUUCUCCCCUGGCCACACAAAAUGGCUUCUUGCAUUUCUUGCUUCAUGGCUGUGACCUUGAGCUGCUCACAUCAGUACUCAAUGGCCUGGGGCCUUUCUUGGAGGAUGAGGAAGCCCCAGUGGUAGUCCCUAUGCAGAUUGAGCUGCUGAACUCCAGUAUCACCCUAAAGGAUGACAUUCCCCCCAUCUAUCCAACGUCUCCAGGCCCUGCCCCCAUCACCCUGGCCAUGGAGCACAUUUCAUUGAAGCGGAGCGAUGAUGGUGUAUUCCACAUCAGUGCUGCUGCUCAGGAUAGACUGCCGGCUGAAGUACCUAAAAGUGAGAAGCAGCUCUCAAAAGAACAGGUGUUCCUGGUGCCCUCAGGAGAGGUUUUUGGACAGCAGGUGAAAGAGCUGCCUACCCUACAAAAAGAACUCAUAGAAACUAAACAAGCACUAGCCAAUGCCAACCAGGACAAAGAGAAACUUCUUCAGGAGAUUAGGAAAUAUAACCCCCUCUUUGACCUCUGAUAACAGUGGCUUAGCCACCUGUGCCAAGGAGAGAAGAGAUCACCAGCAAUAGCACCACUUAGGACAGAGGGUGCUGUCCAGUGUGAUUCAUCUGUGGAGGACAUCAGAGGGACUGUGGAGUGUUCAAUUCACCUUGCCAUGUGCUUACUACUAGCUGUUCUAACUGGAUGAAGGAUAGGGCAAAGUGUGACCACAUGCCAAGAAAUCAGGGGUAGCUUUGUAUGUGGCUCAUGCAUCCUGUCUUUCUGUAUCAGGCCUUUUGGCCCUGUGCAUAUGAAGUAGAAUCUUCUCCACACCAUAGGGCCAUUUCACCUCAGUUUCGUUGCAGAGAUAUUUGCUUUCCUUACAACCUAUGUGAACAAGUGACAGUACCCACCUCCUCAGUCACCCACAGAGCCACCAAAGAUUCCAUGUCCCAGAACUUCCUGCAGCAGACCUGAAAAGUCUUUGGCUUGAGUUUUGGUUUGGAUAGUGAAGUAGAACAGGAAGUAGCUGAGCAAGGGGGCAGGGGCAGAAGAGGCACAAGACUAAGGGAGACUUGGUUUGCAAUGAGAACCAGGCUCAUGUUGUCUUGGCUGAUACUCCAAUCAGAUACUUCAGAGUCAAGCUUCUUUUUCUUGUAAUUUCAUCAGUGCCAUGGUAGAAAGUAAACAACAGUUGUGACUCAGCCAUAUCAUCUUUCCUUUCUUUAACAUUUAUUUGAAAUUUAAAUCAAGGGAAAAUACUCACUUUGGGCAGGCUGACCAGCAGAGGAGUGCAACCCUUGGCCCCUGGAGUCAUGGCCUCUCUCAUAGCUGCAUCUGAGAGGCCAUUUCCUUAUGUCCUGGAGUCCCUGGUCAUCUGCUUUCUUAGCACAAUGACUUUGUACCAGUGCUUGCCUCAGCACCUGGUGGUUUGAGUGCUGAAAGUGUGUUUUAAAUCUCAAUGUAAAUAUCUCUGCCUGCUGCCUCUCACUCUCUUCUAUUACUGUGGUUUUUUAAAAUCAUGUCCUUUUGACUUAAGUAAAACAAAAACCCUCCGCCUAGCUAGGUUUCUACCCUUGCCCUAUAAAAUAACUAUUUCCCCUCUUUUUUAAUUCUCUAAAACUUUUCCUUCACCAUACUGCUCUUUGGUACACUUUAAGCUGUGUUGAUUGGACAGAAGUUCAUUAACUAACUAACUUUGACUUGGCCAGAUGGCAAAAUAAUGAGUUAGUGAUGUCACUAAAAUCUUAAUCAUACAUGGAUUUUGGAUUUUUUUUUGGUGGCACUGGGGUUUGAACUCUUGGGUUUGUGCUUAUGAGGCAGAUGCUCUACCACUUGAGACAUAUCCCCAUCCCAUACAAGACUUACUGAAGGAGAAAAAAAGCAUGAUUUUAUGGAAAAUCAUGCUGACUUGCAUACAUUAGGUAUUUUUUUGGCGAGGGGCAGGUGGAGAGGUAUUUUGAGACAGUCUUUCUGUGUAGUCCAGACUGGCCUCAAACUUGAGAUCCUUCAGUGUCAGAUGAGAAUACAGGUGUGUGCUACCAUACCCAGCUACACUCUAGUUUUUUAGAGGACAGAAAGAAACAUUCAUUCAUGAAGGUUAAGUUCUAAUUUAUUCAGACUUUUAAAGGACUUUGUCAUGUCUCUUUAGCGAGGCAGACUUUUAAAAGACCAGUUACUAUGGGAUUAUGGGAAUUUGGCAUGCUUAGGAAACAAAUUGGAGACAAAUCCAGAGAUAAAGAUAACAGGGGAACAGUGUUGAUACUCACAGUUUAGUCUUAUUUAAGAGUUUAUAAAUGACACGAAAGUAGGAUUUAACAGCAAAAUCAGAUGUUGCUACUUCCAGGCAAUGAAAUGUAGACCAGACGAGAUAAACAAAAACCAGAGCCACAGAAAGGGCAUAACAGGAAGGGCUGUGGAUACUCAGAAAAGUGACAGGUGAGGUUCAGCAUAGUACAUGGAAGGUAAUGUAUUUAUGGAAGAAUGAUCAAAUGAUAUGGCAGUGCGCUCUGUUAGAACUCGGGAAAGACACCAAAGCCUUGCUGAGAGGGAAGAUGUGCUGCUGGGGCCAAAGGCCUGACUGCCCUCCAGGCACUUUCAGGAAGGGUGCUGUGGACAACACAGAACAGCACUUCAUGCAAAACUAUGGGGAAGGCUUAAUCCAAUUACCUGUGUGUUUCUAGUGACCUUGUUUAUCAAAUAGAUGGUGAAAGGAGCAAAGAUCCAGACAACAUAAAUGAUCAGGGGUGGAGGUACUUUCAUGUGAGGAUAGGUCUUUAAAGUGUAGACUUUGGUUCUGCUGAGGGGAAUGUUUGAUCACAUGUCCAGUCAAGAACAAGGACCCAGUCCUGAAACAUUAGCUGUAGGGCUCCAUCCCAACUUGGGUAAAAGAAAGUACUUCUAACAAAUCAGAAACUUGAAGAUCAUGUUGUCUAAGAAGUGACGCAGACUGAAACUAUACGUGGGUGCAGAUUUAAGAGGAAUAUUUGUAUGAUGACCUCCCAAAGGAAUCAAGAAAGCGGGCUUCUUGGUGAUAUACGACUGAGAGGGCAACUGUCCCUCCAUAGUCUGUCCCUCAGUGCUGCUUUAAAGGCAGAAUGUUGGACUAAGUGGAUCACUGUUCCUCUCAAGUGUGACAUUUCUAAUGUUCUUGGAGGGGGAGGAGGGGUGAGGUAGAGUCAAUAGCUGGCAAAUAGAAUUAUUCAACCUCAGGCUCAACUGAAUUGGUUUAAAAAUCACAUUCUGUUUCCUUCCAUUCCUCUCCUGCUCAUACUAUACCUCUGGCAACACUUCAUUCAAAGAAAAUGUCUAGUAGGUGUUGCUUAGUAUACCUUACCUUAAACUUGUAGUAGAAACAUACAAGUACCAAGAAUAUCCCUUAAUGCCCAGAGCUGUCAGUUUCUGGGCCCUCGGAUAAGUCUGUCUUGUCCAUUUGACAAAUGGAGCCUUACAGUUUCUUACUUCCCAUUGUGUCUUGAAAUCCUCCCCUCAGGAAAUAUGACAGGGUUCACUAUUUCUUGGGAUUUUAGUAAAAAUUAUCUUGUAUAAUUUCAUAUUCCUAUUCACUGGGGGAUGAGACUUUUUCAUAAUGAAAUGUGAACUGGUGGUAAUCUUCAGGAUAAAUGUAAAGGAAAAUAAUAGAACGAAAACGUAUUGUCAGCCCUCUUGGACUUGCUUAUGUUUUCUGCCUUGGAGCUAUAAGACUGAAUAAGAAAUAACAGUACCUCAAGAAAAUGUCUGUAGUGAUAGAACUGCAAUCCGUGGAGAGUUUAGGCACUGCGUGUUACCCUUUCAGCUGUGAAGCAUUUGUGACUGUGUAUUAUCUAUAACUGUCUAGAUGUACUGUUUAUAUGCAGGUGCUGGGGAUAUGCUUGUGCAUAUGGACUAAAGUUAAAUCCUUUGUGUAACUGGACUGCAGGGAUGGCUGUCAAUCUCAAAUUCUUUUUCAAUUCACUGGAAUAAUUAACCUAGUUUUUUCUGGUAUAAGACAAAAGUGGAUUCUAUUCACAUGAUGGCUACUUUUGACUAUAUAUGUCAUCUCUCAUUUUGCCUUGGGCCUCAACCUUUGUAUCUCCUUUCCGUGGUUCUAAAAGACAGGCACUUGUAUAUGGAAUAGAUAAGGGAUAUAAACACUACCCCUCACAUAUCCCAUAACUCAAAUGGUUCCAUUAACACAUUUCUAUCGUUUCCCCUUAUGAGGAAACAGAGUGGUGGAAAGAAGGUAGUUUGUGUAUUGCCAUAUGGGAACUUUCCAUUCCAAACCUUUAUAGUAGGGUGUUCCCCUCCCCCCUUUAAUACUUGCCUAAACUUCUAAAAUCAGUUAUAGUAAAAUCACAGAACCAUAAACUUUGGCAUAUAAGCUAGUACGAUGGCAUCUGGUUGAGAACUGUAAAAGUCGGGGUGAUGUACUAUCCUUUCAGAGACUAGGGCCUUUGCCUAGUUGCUUUCUUGCCUUCUGCUAGACUAGGAAUGCCCCAUUCACCUCUGUGUAGGUGUAGGCAGUAGCUAUUAUUCAAUGGGCAUUUGUUCCCCAUGAACAGGGGAAAAACACUUUAUAACAGUGAGGAUUUGCUAAGUGGCCAGACUUGAGAUUUGAUUGUCCUCUGUUGUUUAUUCAGUUUCAGCCUUAUCCAGUAUCUCUAAUUUCAGUGGGUGUAGUUCCUGUGUUGAAAAAAAAAAAAACAAAACUCCUAUUAGUGAUGAGAGAAUAUCUUGUGUGUCAGUUUAUUAGUUUUUGGUAAAGAUUUAGCCUGAAUCUUACAGCAUUUCUUUGUGAAAUGCUCCACUGAAGUGUCUUGUCCAUUGGCUAAGCCAAUGAGUUUUAACGUAAGAUACUAAUGUAAGAUAGGUCCACCUUCAUGAGUCCAAGCUGUUUCUCCCCCUCAGGGUGCUAAAUGGAACUGGAAUCUUUACUAAGACCUGCUCAGGAAAGCUUCAAAAGAGAACAGCUUCAAAAUCCUUCUCCCUGUGACUCUGAAACCAUAGAUGGGAAAGAAUUCUGGGGGAUUGCCAAUUAUAUGUAGUAGCCUUAUUACUGAUAAUCACUGUCAAUAAAAGGUCACUCCAUUCCUCUCUGAGGAAAACAAUGAGAAUGUAUGUGAUGAACUGGAAUCUUGGUCAGUAUUGGGAAGUUUUAAUGUUGCAAUAUCUCAUCAAACUCUUGAGUGUACUGGUUCUAUGAACCACCUGAAAAAAAAUUAAACUUACUAAACUGUU